AAGCCCGGCCGCGUGGCCACACUGGUGUCAGACUCCCAGCCUGGGAUUCGGCACUUCAAUGAGGUCCAGUGUGAUGACUGUGAACGAUGGUUUCAUGCCCUGUAUGGUCUCCUCGGCCAUUAGGCCUACAACGUUGGAAUUUGACUACAACACUGCAUCCUCGUGCCAAGCAGAAACCAUGACUGACCGUGACUCCACUGCAGAGACAACCUACAACCUACAGCAAGUAAGCAACCUCUUCGACCGUUCCUGUGAUGUGGAGGUCAUCAACUCCUGUGAUUCCAUCAUCCUCUCUCAACCACAGGUGUACUUGGAGAGCGGUCGUACCAGGGUGCCCCUGCCCCUCAACAUAAGAUCGAAAUCCAAAGGCAGUGCCAAAUUCGUCAAGACCAGCGGCACGGCAACCGGCUCUGUGUGCACCUUCACCUACAACCUGCUGAAAGAACACAAAAAAUCCCACAAGGACCCCAACAACGACCAACUCAAGCUGGCCGUCAUGUUCUCUGUGCCUUUUGACCGUGUCCUAUAUGAAAACCUUUUUGCUAUUGGCCUCUUUGACAGCAAGACCAACUGCAACUAUGAUUUCUACAAACGUAUGUACUACGGCUCGGAUCCUCGCUUUGUCCGUGGCAAGGGCGGCGGCUCCAGCCUACAAUACGAUGGAGAGUAUGUUGUGAUCCAAGCCAACAUGUCCAGCACCGGCGAGACCUUGAUGAGGGUCGAGGUCAUUGACCAGCAAAAACCUGACUCGGUGUGGUUUUAAAAAUCAAUACACAACAAUGGGUGUCUGAGUAGGUUACCCUCUUAAAAAACGCAUCAAAGCCUUAACCACGAUACCUAGUGUUGUGUCAUUCUUUACACCUCUGUUAUCUAAGCCUUGUUUCCACCGAGCAGUGCGGUACGGUUCGGUGCGGUUCGCUUACCGCACCGAACUUAGCUCAGUUACUUAGCUCAGUUGCGGCUCGCGUUUCCACCACCGACAGUACCCUUAUGGUAGGGCGGGGUUUAAGCCGAAUGUCGAUAGCUGUGGCAGCUUCGUAAGCAUUGUGACCUCAUAGCAGCCCGACACAAUGUAGCCUGCUAUUAAAUCCAAGCAAGAAGUAGAACACGAUUUAGUAAACAAAGAGCAACAAUGUAGGACUUCCAAGAAGGACGGCAAACUUUUGCGCAACAUUUUCUUCAAUAAACGAAGCUUUUGCCAUUGUCCAGAAGUACCUUGCGGGUACUUAAUGUGUUUUUUUCGUAUCAUCCCCCUGUCGCAUGGAAGCGACGAUUUUGUCGACCAAUCAACGGAUGGCGUGUGUAGCUCGAACUUGUUGGCACCCUUUCAGACGUCUCAGUACCCCAACGGAGGAGUACUGCGAGAUGAGUACGGCUUUAUGUUGGCGUUUCCAACACAAAAAGUUGGGGAGGGUCCCAAAAUAAGCACGCUGAGCCAUGCUGAGCUGCGCUGAGCCACGCUGAGCCUCCUAUUUUUGGUACUCCUCCAAUGGGGUACCAAGCGGUCUGAAAGGGUGCCGAAAAGGCAGAGCUACACACACCAUCCAUUGAUUGGUAGACAGAAUCUUCACUUUUGUGCGACAGGGGGAUCAAAACAAACAUACGCAGUUCCUGCGAGGUAUUCCUUGACAACGGAAAAACAGGUCCGGAGAUGAUGAGGAGUGGCCCUUUCACCCAUGCAACACACAACACGAGAUAAACCGCAUCAGACGUGU